AUGCCACCCAAAAAGGCCGUCGAAGAGAAGAAGGUCCUGCUAGGCAGGCCCGGCAAUAACUUGAAGAGCGGUAUCGUUGGCCUAGCUAAUGUUGGCAAAUCAACACUCUUCCAAGCCAUCACAAAAUGCUCUCUAGGCAACCCUGCAAAUUUUCCUUAUGCCACCAUCGAACCUGAAGAAGCCCGAGUUAUUGUCCCCGACGCACGAUAUGAUUGGCUAUGCGAACACUACAAACCCAAGUCUCAAGUUCCCGCCAACUUGACGGUGUACGAUAUCGCUGGUCUCACUCGCGGAUCUUCAACUGGCGCCGGUCUGGGUAAUUCCUUCCUGUCGCACAUCCGAGCGGUUGAUGCGAUCUUCCAAGUUGUUCGAUGCUUUGAUGAUGCAGAAAUCAUUCACGUCGAGGGCGAUGUCAACCCCACAAGAGACUUGGACAUUAUCUCAGAGGAACUACGGUUAAAGGACAUUGAGUUCGUGGAGAAAGCCAAGGAAAACCUGUCUAAACAGACAAGGAGAGGUGGCCAAAGUCUCGAGAUGAAGAAGCUGAAAGAAGAGGAAGCAACAGUAGACAAGAUUCUGCAGUGGCUGAAAGACGGCAAGGAUGUGAGGAAGGGUGAAUGGGGCCCUAAAGAGAUUGAAGUUAUCAAUCCUCUCUUCCUCCUCACAGCCAAGCCCGUAGUCUACCUUAUCAACCUCUCCGAGAAAGACUAUCUUCGCCAAAAGAACAAACACCUGCCCAAAGUCAUGGAAUGGAUCAAAACCAACUCUUCAGGCGACCCCGUCAUACCUAUUUCCGUCUCGUUUGAAGAACGUCUCGCGGUCAUGUCCGACGAGGAAGCUGCCGAGGAAUGCAAAAAUCUCAACACCAAAUCCGCUCUUCCGAAAGUUAUUGUGACGAUGAGACAAGCACUCAAUCUCGCAAGUUUUUUUACCACUGGGACGGAUGAGGUGAGGCAGUGGACGAUUAGGAAAGGCACCAAGGCACCACAAGCUGCUGGUGUGAUCCACACGGAUUUCGAGAAGACGUUCAUCCAGUGUAUCGUGUAUAAUUAUGAGACCUUGAGGGAAUACGGCGAUGAAAACGCUGUGAAAGCGGCAGGAAAAGUCAUGACCAAAGGAAAAGAUUAUGUUGUGGAGGAUGGCGACAUCAUUCUCAUUAAGGCUGGUGCUGCAAAGGCGUGA